AUGGCAGUCAACGGCGUCAAGAACCCCAAGGUCCUCGUCCUAGCCGGCGAUCAUGUCGGCCCGGAGGUCAUGACCGAAGCGCUCCGCAUUCUCGCCGUCGUCUCCCAAGCCCGCGGCAUUACCUUCGAUCUGGACCACGAUCUCUGCGGCGGCAUCAGCAUCGACACACACGGCACGCCCGUAACGGACGCCGUGCUGGCCAAAGCCAAGGCUGCCGAUGCCGUGCUGUUUGGCUCUGUCGGCGGACCCGAAUGGGGCACCACAUGGCCCAAUCCGGAGUCGGGACUGCUGCGGCUCCGCCAGCACAUUGACGCUUUCGCCAACAUCCGCCCUUGCACGUUCUACAGUCAGAGCUUGCUGGAUCGGUCACCGCUGAAACCGGAGAUCGCACGUGGUACGAACUUUGUGCUGCUGAGGGAGAACUGUGGGGGUGCAUAUUUUGGGCCCAAGGAAGAAGAGGCAGAUCGGGCAAGCGAUUCGUGGGUCUACACACGGCCGGAGAUUGAGCGGUGCUGUCGCGUCGCAGCGGCGUUGGCGACAACGCUAGGCAAAGAUGGUAAAGGCGGCGGUGGUGCCGCUACCGUAUGGUCCAGUGACAAGGCGAACGUGUUGGCAAGUGGCAGGCUGUGGAGAAGAGUCACAACCGAGACGUUUACAAAAGAGUUUCCUGACAUUGAGCUUAAACACCAGCUCGCGGACAGCUUGAGUUUGAUGAUGGUGAAGCAACCGACGCUCUUCAACGGCGUCAUUCACACCGACAACACCUUUGGAGACAUGCUUUCGGACCAGGCUGGCGGCGUCGUGGGCACACUGGGAGUGCUGCCGAGUGCAAGCUUAUCUGGAGUUCCUGGCCCCGGUCAGCGGUGCAACGGCAUCUACGAGCCGGUGCAUGGGUCGGCACCCGAUAUCUCUGGCAAGGGCAUGGUCAAUCCGACCGCUCAGAUUCUUAGUGUCGCCAUGAUGCUGCGGUACUCUUUUGCGAUGCACGAGGAGGCGCUGGCGGUCGAGGCGGCAGUGGAGAAGGUCCUGGAUGGCAAGGAUAUUGGUGGCUUGGAGAUUCGCACCGGAGAUCUGGGAGGAAAGGCCACGACCAAAGAAGUGGGGGAUGCAGUGUGCAAGGUGCUUGAACAACUGCUACAACGCCAGUCAGCGUAA